CAAAUUGAAAAAAAAAAUCAUUUUCUAAAAAAAAACAUGUGAGCUGAGCUUACGUUUAUUGAACGUAGACAACAUCGCCGAGAUCCCGUCCCAGGAUUACGUUCACAAGGAAGGAUUCCGACACACCCAAUUUCAACGCUUUUUUGCAAUCUUCCUAAUCUAAAAGAUCUUCACUUUGUUUCUCUUUCAUCUCGCUUCUUCUGAAACCAAAUCAUGGAGACGGAAUCGAAUCUCGUUUUACGGAAAACGGAGCUUAAAACAUACACUUACAAGCACUUCCACUCUACAAACGCGUUAGAGAUCUUAAGAGAAUCCGUCCGAAUCCUCCGGUACAAUCUCGGCGCUUUCAUGUUAACAGCUGCCGUUUUAAUCUGUCCCGUCUCCGCACUUCUCUUACCAAACCUCCUAAUCGAUCAUUCCCUAGUGAACAAACUCACCGUGAAGCUUCUCUUAGUAGCGAAAUCAAGCGGUCUCCCUUUACAACCCUUUGUGAAACACUCUUGUCAGAAAUUCGCAGAAACCGCUGUUUCGUCCGCGAUGUGUUUCCCUCUCUUCAUCACCGUCUCGCUCUUGUCGAAAACAGCUGUUGUUUACUCUGUUGACGCUACUUACUCGAGGGAGAAGGUGGAGAUGAAAAACUUCUUGGUGGCGUUGAAGAAGAUAUGGAAACGAGUCGUGUACACUUACCUCUGGGUUUGUGUUCUGAUCGUUGGUUGUUUUACUUUCUUCUGUGUUCUCCUCGUAGCGAUCUGCAGCUCUUUCUAUGUUCUCGGCUUCUCUCCAGAGUUCAAUGUUUACGGAGCCAUCUUAGUUGGUUUAGCAUUCUCCAUCGUAUUCGCCAACGGGAUUAUAGUGUGUAACACUGCCGUUGUGGUCUCGGUUAUUGAAGAUGUUUCAGGGGCGGGAGCGUUGGUGAGGGGUAGUGAUUUGAUCAGAGGGCAGGUUCAGGUGGGGUUGUUGAUAUUCCUGGGGUCGACUUUGGGGUUGGCGUUUGUGGAAGGGUUGUUUGAUCAUAGAGUGAAGAAGGUUAGUUAUGGAGAUGGGUCUUCGAGGCUGUGGGAAGGGCCUUUGUUGGUGGUGAUGUAUUCCUUUGUGACGCUUAUUGAUUCGAUGAUGAGUGCAGUGUUUUAUUUUAGCUGCAGAGUUUAUUAUAGUAUGGAAGGUGCUUCUGUAGGGGAAAGUCAGCCAAUAAUGGAUACUGUUGCGGUUGUGGAUGGUUAGCAAAUGGUUUUGGAUCAUGGAAGCGUAUUAGUUGGAGAUGUAUAUCAGUGAUGUGUUACAAAAGGAAUACAUCGGUAAUAGUAUGCUGUGAACUUUUGUUUGGCAAGAUUUGUUGGACUCAGGCGAAUGGAAAUGGAAGUGUAUUAGUUGAAGAUGGAGUUUUACCUGAACAUUUUUUUUGUUUCACUUGGAAAAAAGGAACUUUCUUGAAUUUUGUAUGGUUUUCGUGUUAUAUAUAUAUAAGAUUACUAUGUUUUUACAUGAUUUGAAGAUCAUAGCU